AUGUGUAAUUCAUAUAAAAUACUAUGGGUUCUUUCAACUUUUCUAGCAUCUUUAAUAACAAUUACCAAAGGCUACACUAUAACAGUAGACGCACACGCCGAAGAGUGUUUUUUUGAAAACGUCGAAGCCGACACUAAAAUGGGUUUAACAUUUGAAAUAGCUGAAGGAGGAUUCUUAGAUAUAGAUGUUAAAAUAACGGGCCCAGAUGGGGCCGUCAUAUAUAAAGGCGAAAGAGAAUCUUCUGGGAUGUACACAUUUUCUGCACCUACAUCAGGUCGAUACACAUACUGCUUCAGCAAUCAAAUGUCAACUAUGACUCCUAAGGUAGUAAUGUUUAAUUUGGAAGUAGGGGAGGCACCAAACAAGAAGACAGAUGAAAAAGAUGAUGAAGUGAACCAUAAUAAGCUGGAGGACAUGAUAAAAGAGCUAGGCACAACACUUAAAACAGUCAAACAUGAACAGGAAUAUAUGCAGGUUCGAGACCGCAUCCACCGUGCUAUCAACGAAAGCACAAACUCACGUGUAGUGUUGUGGUCAAUCUUUGAGGCUUCAGUACUACUUGUAAUGACCCUGGGACAGGUCUACUACCUAAAAAGAUUUUUUGAAGUGCAACGUGUUGUC